AUGUCUUCUACAACCUAUCAUACCAUAACACCUAUCCAGCACCUAGUACACUUUGCUCGUAACCUUGUGAGCCGAGCUUUUGAAUUUCAGGCUGAUGCUUUUGCUGAGAAACUUGGUUAUGCCUCUUCACUUCGAGCUAGUCUUGUUAGGCUACAGGAGGAGAAUUUGUCAGCUAUGAAUACUGAUCCUUGGUAUUCAGCAUAUCACUACUUUCAUCCUCCGCUAGUCGAAAGGUUGGCUGCAAUUGGUGAAAGAGACAAGAAAGCAGACUAAUAUGUGAAACCUAUG